AUGCUGGCAUACACUCAGAGACCUUCCAAUUCCUCCACAGUCCUAAGAUGCUGCGCUUUUGACAAAAAAGGCUCUGAUUGUGAGGCAAGAGUGUUCCAACCUGAAAGAUCCGGUCAUACUCUCUGUCUUAAUCAGCACCAUGAGUAUAAAAAGUUAUACAAAUCCUACAAGCUCAAGCAUGAAGCCUACGACCGUAUAACGCAAAUAAAUGCCGAUGCCGAUACAGACGCGAAGAAGAACAUCGAGACUAAGAUAGGUCUCGGUAAGGAGGCCUUGUCGCUCAGAAAUCAAGUCAACCGUCGAUUUUUUAGCACAUCCCAAGAUAAUCGUAGUCACGUCCACGAAAUCUUGAGGCUUCAAUCCGAAGUCGAUGACUUAGAGGAAAAAUUAAGGAAAUGGGAGGCCAAUUGCAAGGGACCCGCAGAGUCAGGAACAGCGCGGGGGACAUCAAACCAAGAACCUGAACUCGUAAAUGAGAGCCCUCAAGCAAAGACUACAGACAGGGUUUGGAAGUCACUCCUUGACCCAACAAUUCCAAAGUCUAGGCUAGGAAGUUUUCCGUCUGAUAACCCUAUUAUCGCCAUCAAGGAUUUCUUAACCAGAAACACGAAGUUGGUUGUUAGGGAGCUUUAUUCUAUUGUUCCUUCUUUAAACGACUCUCUCUCCCCCAUCCUCGACGAAGAAGCCAGUAAUAUCGAUAUGAAACCGGAGUUAGACAUACGAGACAUCAUCAUCCGCUUUGUAUUCCGCGAGUUUCUUAUUUACAAAGCCGACUCUAGAGAGCUUUUGAGAGCAACCCGAGCCCAAACUAUUGACUCCUUCCUUCAAGAGUCUUUUAUCGAUGAUAUAGAAGAGUACAUAAAAUUCUUUAAGGCUUUUGUCAAGGGACGGUUCGAUACAUUUUGGUUCCUUCGCGAUGCUGUUUGCGAUUUUCUUCUUGACUCACAGCCAUCAUCUACUACCACAUGUAUCCUGGGUGUUGAGAUCGCCAUGGAAAAUGCACCCUGA